UAUUGUCAAAAACUUCGGGAUCUAUCGGUGUGCAAGAGAAAAUGGUUUUUCACAUCAUACAAAGCAUUUCAGAACAACCACAGUGAUUCCGUAGAAAGCGCUUGAACUUUAGAUGUUUCGUUUUCCGCGUUCCGUACGGAUUUCUGUUUGCAAAUGAUGUUUCCCAUGCAGAAAUGUUCGGGGAGCGGGACGGAAUCGGAGGCCGGUGGGAUAGGUAUAGGCAAGAGUUCCUUGCCUUCUGACGAGCUGGCGUCAGCGGUGGCUGCUGUGUCAGACGAGAUAGGGGAUAUCCUGAAGGAUGAACUGGGCGAUGCGGACAGGGCGGAUCGCAUUGGUGCCGAGCUCGCUGAUCUUAGAGCGGAACUCGGUCUCCUCGCAGGCCUUGCUGACGAGCCUCAACAGGACUUCCCAUCUCUGUUUGAGAUAGCUAUCGGUCACCAUGCCUCCGGCAGCGGCUCUUCCACGACCUCCUCUUGGUCGGGCGCGCGCAAGCCGAGACGCGUCGCGAGGCCGCAGCGGGCGCAAAGGAAGCGGCCUAUCGUUAAGGGGAAGGAGAUGUGCCGACGCCGUACCGCCGCGGUUCGUCGCGCGUCACUCCGCAUACGACGCGAAACAAUCGUGUCUGACGCGAGCGACGUUGGCGCUAAUUCCGACUCGGACGACCAGUGGACGGAAUUGGAUGAUACUUCUGCGUCUUCGGACAAAGAGGGCGCUGGCGUUGAUGACAUCUGCCCGGAAUACCAAGACAAGGGAUCCCAGGUGGAGCCGCCAGCGAUGGGCCAAUUCCUGCUGCCGCUGCUCAGCGCAGAGCCGGCCCCGGAGCCCGAGCACUUCCUCAUCAGGCACGAGGACAUACUGCAGUUGCUUGCGUCAGCCGAGGAGAGUGUACGCGACGAAGUGCCACUGGACGAUGACGUCACACUGGACCAGCAAACGGACGUGUUAUCGGAAAGCAUGUUCGAAUGCGAGGAGCCAGUCGUCACUCCGGAGGACGAGGCCGCCCUGUUCCAUUUCGUCUGCGCGGAGGAACAAGACGGUGAUACGUCGCAGUUCGAGCCGGUCGAGGAGUGGCUGCUCGGCGUAUACCACUCGUGGUGUGAAAUCAGUGCGCUCAUGUACACGCUCAUGGGGACCAAUAUGACCGUCGACAUGGUCAAGUCCGCGUGGUCGUACCGCGCCCGCUUCGGCUGCCACUGCCGGCUGUGUCUGAGCGCCGCGCGCAACGUGGCCGCGUUACGGCGGGCCCUCGCAGACAUUGUGCGGGCGCUUGCACACGUGAGCAGCACAGCGGCCGUGGCCAGUGCACUUGUCAAGAUGCUGCGGUUGAACGCGGGCGAGCUGUCGCCGGCCGCGUGGCACUUGCACAGGAUCAAAGUGCCGGACGAAGGCGCGGAGAUAAUACACCAGCACUUGGCGAAGCUAGCGAGUCAGAACGAGACAGCUGAUCAGUUUGUGAACAAAGUCUGUCUCUGUCGCACGUACGAUCGGCCUUUUGAAAAGCAGUAUGCCGUUGAGAGGUUUUUCAAAAUAUUGGAAAAUUUCAAAGCCGCGUCUACUAUCACUUUCAAGGUGGAGCUGAUCCCGCCCCCCAGCGGCGGUGCGCAGUGGCGCUGGGUGGGCGGCGCGCGCAGACGCCUCGCGCGCUGCCUCGCCGCGCACCACCGCGCCAGCACCGCGCGCCGCCUCGCAGACAUGGCCGCGCGCACCGCGCCCGCCGACCUGAGCGCCUGGUCGGACUACAAGCACAGAUGCGACUGUCUCACUCCGCGGACCGUUUGCGCGCAACAGAGGAAGCAAUUGCUUAGGAUCUCCUUUUUCGGCAUGAUGCAUGCUGUCAACAAAUACAAUGGGAAGGACGAUCUCUCUGAUGAAAAGCCGCUAAACGACGUGAGACCGGAGUGCACGGGCAGAGAGUUGCAGCAUGGCGCCGGCACGGGGGCUAAACCUCCAGAUAGCAUGGAACAUUUGGAGUUGGUCAAGUCGACGAUGGACAUGGACGGCAGUGACUCUAUGAGCAACGAGUUGGAUGAUUUGUCCGACUCGGACACCGCGUCCGAUCACACGGACCGCACGGACAGAUCGCUGUCCAGCCUGUCCGGAUCGACACUGGACUCUGCGUCCGAACUGCUGGUAGCUGCUGCGUGUGCUGUGGAGGGCGGUCCGGCUGGUGAAGGUGCUGGGGAGCUGUGCAGAACUGUCCGGCACCUGAUGCGGUCCAUUGCGUCCAUAGAGCGGCUCAUGGACCGCGUGCUGCGGCACUGCGGGGACUGGCCCGCGGGCCGCGAGGGGCCGGGCGCGAGAAAACGCGUGGAUGUCGGUCUGUCAGAAGUAGACAGGAAGCUGAUGGCGAUGUAUCGCCGCUUACCGGAAGUGCACCGUCGGCAAUUGCAAGUCUAUAGAAGACAGAAGAAAUUGUCUACGGUGUGCACGGCGCUGGUGGGCGGCACGGCGCCGCCGCCCCCAGUGCCGGGCGCUCCGCCCGCGGCGCCGCCCCGCCUGCCCUCCGCGAGCCUCUGCCCCGAGUAUCACUUGCAGCGCUUCAGAGAGGUACGUCGCAAAGUAAUGCACAUGCGAGAUCAGCAGCUAUACUAUCAUCGGCUGAGAAUGUGGCUCGAAGAUCAGUUGCGGCAAGAGAGGGAGAGCCUACCAGACAGCGUCACCUUAAUAGACGAUUUGCCUAAACGCAAGCUGCGUGCGAUCAGCUCUAAACUGCCCCGUCUCACCGCGCCCAAAAGAAAAUUAAAACCCGUCUCUCAAGUGAUCAACAAACCGCAUAAAAUACUGCAAAUGCUAAAGAGCAAAGCUCACGCGAUUGACUUAAAGUCUCCAUACAAAGAAAUAGACGACGAACCAGUAAAGUCGGAAGUCGAGGCGCCUGAAGCUUUUCCUCUAGAGAAAGAUCUGAGUGACACGGAUACAAUAGUCGGGGAGAAAGACGCGGAUUUGUGCAAGGAAAUGAAGGAUUGUCUAGCGAAAUUCGCCAAUUUCGCGUUACACAGCCUAGAUAAUAACCUACAGGAAGAGUACAAUAUGCAAACGGAGAAAUAUCCCGAUUCCGUUAGUCCGCCGUUGCAGGAAAUGUCGCCGACGACGUCCGAACCGAUGCCCGUGUACCAAAAGCCACAGAGAAUGUUGCCAGUUAGCCAGUUUUUAAGAGAGGAAAAGGAACAGAAUAACGAAAAGGUCGUCGAAGUUGAAGCCGCUCAGAAUAAGGAUGUGUUCAAAUAUGUCACGUUUGGGCUGGAAAUCAAAAAGGCGAUGGAGGAAUGUCAGAAUAUUAUCAACACAUACAAUAGCGCUGAGAAUGAUAAGGAAAAAGAUGACGCCGACGGUCCGCUGUCGUUAGAACAAAUUGUGGAAGUCAUGAUGAAUUUAGAAAAGAACUCCCCGGAGUUUUUGGAGAAAAUCGAAUCGGAUGAUUUGCACCUAUAUGUGACGAACGGGAAUAAAUUGACGGAAAUUGUUGAAAAUAUGCCCCAAAUACUAGCCAAUAUGCCGGAGAUCGCGUCCAAAUUGGCGAACGCUAGCUUAGAAUUACCAGAAUUUGCGUCCAUUAUGAAUAGUCUGCCGGAAGUGAACGCCGACGCUCAGUUGACGCCGGAAACGCUGAAACAGAUCCGCGAGUUGAAAUUGAACAAACGUGAUAGUGUUAAAGUUACUAAGAACACUGCCAAACGUAAAAAUAAGCCUAGGGUUAGGAGUGAUGUCGAUAUAGUGAUAGAAAAUGAUUUAGAUUGUAAGGACAAUGUUGAAGAUAAGAAGGAGGACGUCAAAGAAUCGGCCGCGUGUAGCAAAGUGUUAGAUUACGUAAGCAAGAGCCCGGUACUUGCCAAGUGUUUGGAGGACAAGGAUUUGACGAUAUCGAAAAACGUCAAUUCUGAAUCUUUCUUAAAAGCGUCGACUCUAUUUGAGAAAGCAGUCAAAGACGCUCUCAGUAUGGACGAAUUGAAAGGUGUUAUGCGGUCAAAAUUCAACUUUUGGAAAGAAUUCGUAGCGACUAAAGUGAAAACGAUACCCGUGGAAUUCCUACAAAAUGAAGUAGAAGGGAUGUUAGAGAAAUUCUACUCGCACAUACAGGAUAUGACGUGCAAACAGCACGGACCGGAAAUAGAUAGGCUCAUAGAGAAAGCGGAGGAAGCUAGAGAAACUAUAGAUAGCGAUUCCGACGACGAAGAAGGCUGUCCACAAUCAAAGGAAUCGUUGAAACAAAUAACCAAACUACUCAGCACAUCCGCGGGCAAUACAUUCGACUUGUUAAUAAUGAAAUUAUCCAAUAUGUCGCAAGAUAAAAAAUCCUCAAUAAAAAGCCUGAAAUUCAAAUACUAUGAUGUGAUCAAGCGAUGCGCUGAUUCUCAGCAAUUAGCCACGUGGGUGUUACUAAACCCAGAACUAGCAACGAAUGUAAUACAAGAACUGACAGGCAUGCAAGUUACUAGAGUAGACAAUACACCGGACUUCACGACGAUACCGAAUGAAAUAAAAAUCGAUUAUUUCAUGAAUCGAUUACGCGAAAUGAAUAGAAACUACAUGAGGAGUAUUCCCAAAACAGCAUUAUGUGGUGAUCAAUGGCUUGUCAUGCUUUAUAAGUUGGAAGAAGUAGAGAAAUCGAUAAAGGAAACGUUUCAAAAAAUCAAACAGGAAACCGUAGUAAAACCGCCGCCAAAACCGCCUCAAAACCAGAAUCAAAACCAAGCGAGCGAAGCAGAAAUAUUAGCAGCCAAAGGCUUGAGCAAGAUCAUAGGCAAAGCGAACGUUAGACCCGUCAAGAAAGUCAACAAGGAGCCAGUUAAAGAAACCAAACCGGAGCCUAAAGUUGAAAAAGACGAGAAGAAAUGUAAAAACGAAGCGUUGCUAGCGAAAUGCGAAGCUAUAUUGACGUCGAAAGGCGAAAAAUCGCUUCUGGAUAGCUUUUAUACGAUCAAAUCGUAUAUAACGCAAGGUUUACCGGUUCCAGAGACUUAUAAGAAGCAUGUGAUAUCGAUAUGUUCUAGUAUAGACGCAAGGUUGUUGGACGAAGAUAUAGAAGAAACGCUUAAAGUUGAGGAGGACAAAAAUCUGUCCGUUAUAGGCUCCCAAAACCCCGAGCUCCUAGCGAAAUAUUCCGCGCAAGCGCUCAGAAACGCGAAGCAAACGUUGAACGCGGUUGCGUUUAGAAACAUGAAGAAUGGCAAAGAGAACACGUGUGAUACGCCCAAAAACAAUUGUAAAUAUACGAACGAUUGUGCGUGUGAGUCUUGUGCUGAGGGAGAAAGGAGGAAGGAGAGGAAGCCGAUGCUUAAGGCGAAGCCGGUGCAAAAGCCGUGCGAGAAUGCGGUACAUCAGCAGCAUGUUUGUAAAGUGGGUCACGGUACUCCCCCCGCGGGCACGCCGAGCGCGUGCUCGGGCGAGAAUCCCGACCAACCGUGUUCGUGCUGCUAUUGUACUGUUUUUGGACAUGCGCCGCCGCUCACAACGCCCGUGCCGAGAAAUUUCAAUGAAACGAGAGAGAGAUUAAGAUCGAUACUAAACAAGAAGAAACAGAAAUAUAAGUCGAAUGGUGACUCCCAAUCGCCAACCGCGGAAACUGAGAGACCGAAAAUUCAACCAGUUCACAGGCCACCGGCGUUACCAAAAACCCUCCCACCGAACCUCACGCCUCAGGCGCAACAAAAGAAACAAAUAUUGGACAAGCAGCAGAAACAGUUGGCUGAUAAAAUGAGCAAAAUGACAGUCAGCGAUAAGCCGGAGAGUAAGCCCGUACAAAAUACGCAAACGCAACCGAGUGUGCCCGCCAUAUCUACAGACGGUAAAGUUAAUCCAAACGCUAUGGAACAGAUUCGAUUGCAGCAACAGCAACAACAGCAACAGGAACAAUUGCAGCAACAGCAACUCCAACUUCAACAGCAGCAACAACUUCAGCAGCAGCAACAACUUCAGCAGCAACAACAACUUCAACAACAGCAACAACAACAACAGAAGAAGCCUGAACCGAUAUACGAUCUACCGAUACACAAUAAGCCGACGUUAACGCCGCAGCAACAGCAACAAAUUAGGCAACAACAAUUGCAACAGCAACAGCAGCAACAACUCCUGCGGCAACAGCAGCAACAGCAACAGAUACACCAGCAACAACAGCAACAGGCGCACAGUCUGCAGCAACAGCACUUGCAGCAGAUGCAGCAGCGGCAGAACAGGCCGCAGCAGCAGCUGUCGCUGUCGAGCCGGGACACGAGCGUGUUCUCUACGUCGUCCGAGUGUUCCGGUGGUUCAUGCUGGCGCGGUCGUCGAGGAUCAGACCCUCGAGAUUUGGACGCGCUACUACAGUAUAUAGAGGGUCCGGCCAGACAUGUAGAUCGCGGGAAGAAGCGGGCGAAGAAACAGCGGCAGAAGGCGAAGCGGAUGGAGAGUCGGCUGUCACGCGAGGCGUGCGCGCUGCGGGCGGAGUUUGCGCGCGCGAACGCGACGCUCGCGGAGGCGGAGGGCGCGCACGCUCGUGCGGCGCGACUGCUGCGGGAUGCGCGGGCGCACCUCGCCGCGCUGCACCACGCGACAAGGGCACGGCGUAAAAAGCUAAAAUUGAAUCUCGCGCAACAAGCAAAGUUACAAGUGGCGUCUGAAGAGUUAGGCGAAAUAACGAAUCUAUACAAUACUACGACUAAGGAACUAGAAAAUGCGAGGAAACAAGCGGUGGACUUAUCGGAGCGUCUCCAGCAAGUUGAAAAUCAGCUCGCCGAAGCGAGAGCACUCCAAGGGAAAGAGGAAAUGCAUGACGAGGACACGCAAACGAUGACGAAAGCCCAAAUGGACCAGCAAAGAUAUAUAGAGAAAUACACUAUGGAGAAACAGAAGCAAAUGAUGAAUACAGGUGGCACGGUGCGUGUGACCCGCGCGGGGGCGGAGCCCUACAUACUGAAUGCGCAGCACCAUCUCACUGUAGUGAACAUGCACGAAGAUGCGAACAACAAACAGACAAACAAACAGGCGGAAAACAAUAAGAAACAGAGCUGGGAGCAAGCGAUAGCGCACAUCAACCAACUGGCCAAGGGGAAGGAGAAAGAGAAGCAAAAGAAACCGAAGGAAACACCAACACAGAAGGCGGAAGCAAAGAAAACUGCGGAAAAGCAAAAUACGGAAACGCAGCCGUUGUCGAAGAAACAGAGGAAACUUUUGGCUAAACAACAGCAGGCGGAAGAAGAGGAAAGAGAGAGACAGCAACAGCUCGAAGCGAAAAAGAGAGCGGAGAGAAAGGAACAGAAGCAACAGCAACAGCAGCAACAACAACAGCAACAGGAGAUGAGCAACAAGAGCAACAAGAAGGCGCAGGAGCAGCAGAGGAAGGAGGACGCGAAGGCGAAGAAGAGGGAGGAGAAAGAGAACAAGAGGCAAGAGAAGGAGAGAGAGAGGAUAGAGAAGGAGAAGAAGGAGAGUCGGCAAGAGAAGAAUGUUAAAACGCAAGCAGCUCAAGCGAAGCAGAAGGCUCAGCAACAACAGCAACAUCAACGAGAACAACAGCAACGAGAUCAACAGCAACAGCAUCGAGAACAACAGCAACAGAACAACAAGAAGGAGAAGAAGAAGGAGCAACAACAACAGCAACAUAAGCAACAAGUUAUCAACAUCACACCAGACACUACUAUCGAAGUUGUUAAUAAUAAAAAGAAUGGUACAGUCAACGAGGCUGAAAAGCCAGCGUCGUGUAGUAUCAUGGAGCAACUUAGUAGCGGUGUGCAGGUGGCCGAUUUGAAACUACCUCCUGGUAUAACACUAACUCGCGUACAACCGAAUGAGAAGAAAGAACCGGCUCCUAUUAAAUCUGUGCCUCUAUGGAAAUGCAAUCAACUAGCAGCGACCCCAACGCCCGUGGCUCGUCCCGCGCCCGUGAUAAAUGCUGACCCGUCUAUGAUGAUGUUCUCGCAGGAAACGCCGAAAACAAUAAUCAUCCCGGAACCGACACCCCCGCCACCACCCCAGCAAGCAAAAUCGAAAAAAUCCAAAAAGAAAUCCAAAAAAGCAGAACCGGACCCGAAACAGGAACCUAAAAUGGUGACCCUUCGCAACCCGAUGUUCCAUCCGAACCUACCGCCCGUACAAAUAACGACACCGCAAAAGAAGCCGGACAUUAGGAUCCCGGAUCCCAUACCAAUGCCCCCGGCACCCUGUCAAGCUACAAUAACUCCGACUUCGAACGGAAUGUACACAAUACGGAACCCGCUUAUGUCAAUGAUGCACCAACAGAGUUUGGGGAUCCGGAACCCUGCACCCGCGAAUUACCAACCCUUCUAUUACAACCAACCAACAUAUAUAGUGGAGAACAAAGAGGAAUUCCCGAACCAUUUGAUAAAUUUGGCGUCCUUCACCCAAAAAAGCGAUGAGGGCUAUUCCCUGUUCAGUACGAACGAAGAUACACAGCAGAAGAGCUUUUUGAACAGCGAUUGUCCGGAAACAGUGUCGCCGAAUCCGAUAGGAACGAGGCCGGAGCGUUCCGAUUCGCUAUUCACGAAUCCGAUUCCGGAGCCAAUCGGUACUCCCAUGAGGAGGGAAGAGAGAAGAGAGUACGGUAUAUAUAACCCGUUCGGACAAGAAGAGAAUAAUGUGUUCAGAAACGCGUUGUUCAGCGAAGAGAGGGAUAGAGAUAGGGAUGUGACGGGUGCGAGCGGGAGGGAAGAUCUGCCGUACUUUCAGCGGUUGAGGGCUGGCUCGAGGCUGAACAGCGAAGUUAGUAUACACUGUGUGACGGAUUCUAAGUUUUAUAAAGGCCAGGAUCGAUACAGUGAGCCCCCUCCACCGACCGACAGCAGACAGUCGAUGUUUUCCCACGGUUGGCCGGAACAUACACAUCAAAAUAUGCACUCGCAUACACCUAAUUUCGCAGGCAUGCAGCCGUCGAACAAUACAAUGAAUUGCGACCCCGUGUGCGACACGGACAGACAUGUGCACCCCGAGACAAGCGUGUUCCUGCCGGACCGCAGCAUCACCAAUCUCUCGUCUCUCGAGGUUACCGAACGUGAAAUAGAGUCGUUCAAACGUUUCGACUUCUACUUCGAACCGCCGCAACACAAGCCGAAAGUGCAACUCGACGUCAGAGACAUCGCUGCCGCGCUACGACAGAACCAUAAAUAAAAGAAUAAAAAAGUUAAAUUUAAAAAAAAUGCAAAAAAAAAGAAGUGUCAAUGUCAAUGUCGUCUGACAGUUGUUUUAUUUGUGCUGGCAAUGCUAUAAAUCAUGAUUAAAGAAAGUAAUCGGUAGUCUAUGCGCUUUGCUUUUUUUUUUAGUAAAUGUCAAACAACCGGAAGCUGAAUUUACGUAACUUUUUAUCUAACGGGAUUUUUGUAUAUCGGAAACAAUGCAAUAAAAUUGUAGUUUAUUUCGCUAACAAUAAAAAAGUACACAACAAAAAUUAUUCUAUUAUUCAAACAAUUAAUGUAAUCGUGAAUAAAAAAUUUCCUUAAUUUUUGCGUUUGUUUUUUUUUAAUGAAACUUAAUUCUGAUGUUCAUAUUAUAUAAAGCAUAAAACCCUACAUUUCAUUCGUUCGGAAUUCGGAUGUUAAUUAAAAAAAAUUCGUAAAAGGAAUACAACAAAAUAAAAAAGCUUUCAAGUUAAUAAAAAAUCUAUACAGUACAUUACGCGGUAAUUUUUUUCAUUUUUUUUUUUAUUCUAUCGGCUUGGAAUUUUCAAACAUAGUAUAGUAAAUUAUGUGAAAAGAUAAAAAAUACUACCAUUUUUUGAACGAUGAAAAAAAAAAUGUAGCGGAAAAGUAAAAUAUUUUUGAGUCUAAAGAUCGAUUAAAAAUAUUUUAAAAUAAUGGACAUGACUAUGAUAAUGAUUUUGACAAAGAAUAAAAUAAUACUUAGAUUCACUAAAUAUUAAUACAACAAGGUAAUGGAUUAACUUAAAAUUGAUUUCUAAAUGAUAAAAUAUUUUCGAAAAAAGAGCGCUUGUGCUGAGCACACGUGUCAGAAGUGGAACUUCUUUGGCAAGAUUCAAAAUCGUUGCCUUACUCCAUGAUGUGACGGUAUUGCCAUGACGCGAACUGGGAAUUUCACUCUCAACGUGCCUAAAGAAAUUUCACUUCAAAAAUGCUGAUGCAUAAUAUGAAACGUAAAAAUAAACAUAAUUUUUAUGUAAGAAUCUAAGUAUUAUUAUAAUUCAACAAUUAAAAAUGGCGACUAAAGUUCAAAACUUCAUAAUAAUAAGCUUGACAUAAAUUUCGCUUGAAUAUUGUUUUUCACAGCAAUUUUUGUAUUGAGUUCGUCCUCACGCGGGCAAUAUGGAGUAAGGGACUUGGAUAUAUGCUGUUUUGCAUCUGACGCAAGGAAUACGUAAAAAAAUAAAAAUAACAAGCUAAAUGAUCGCUUAAAUUUAGGGAAAUAUGAACAUUCGCUGUGGUGUGGUUUUUUAUAUAACCGCCAAAGCGUCUAUAUUUUAUUGUAAUUUUAUCAUGAUCUAUCAAUGUGUGAAAAUUUAGACGAAUCGGUUGAGCCGUGAUUGUCACAAAUAAGAGCUAGCGCGCAAGAGCAACUUUUGUCUCCUUCACUAUUGAGUCUCUCCCAUCAACUCUAUGGGCUAGUAAGAAAGUGCGCGCACGUAGCGACGCAACUCCCCAUACAGUUGAUGGGAGAGACUCAAUAGUGAAGGAGACAAAAGUUGCUCUUGUGCGCUAGCUCUAACCUUUUGAGUUAGUUUCUUUGCGUCGGAUACAAAAUGGCGUCUCGAUUAGACAAGUAAUAUAUAAUGUUAGAAUGUAUGUAUCACAAUACGGGCGGACGGCGUAAGUUUAAGUGAAAUGUAUAUUAUAGAUAUUUGUAGUGUUUUAUUCCUGAAAUAAAUACACGUUUAUAAGCUGUG